AAUAAACACUUAAGGGGACUUCGGGAAGACUAUGUAUGAAAUGUUCUAUUGCGGUUAAUUUAUUAAUUUCAACGAGUCGGCGUGAGUAUAGGUAGAUGUUCAGAGAUCGUUCGUUCUGGAAAGAAAGCUGACCCCCCGACGACCCGGAAGCCGACGCCAAACCCGAGCUGUUCCAUCGGAGGAGUAAAGAUGGCUGACAACGGCGCCGCAGAUCCUGGAAACAACAACAGUAAUAAACCCGCCGCUUCGGAGGGAACGAUUAUCAAGGUCACAGUCAAAACUCCUAAAGAUAAAGAAGAAAUCGCCAUCUCGGAAGAUGCAUCCGUCACUCAGUUUAAGGAAGAGAUUUCGCGGCGGUUCAAAGCCAAGCAGGACCAGCUGGUUCUGAUAUUUGCAGGGAAGAUAUUGAAGGAUGGAGACAGCCUCAACCAGCACGGCAUCAAGGAUGGGCUGACAGUUCACCUGGUCAUAAAGACAGCACACAAGGCAGGAGAUGGCGCCAGCUCUUCAUCCGCAAGCUCAUCUUCCAGUCAGGCAGGCAGUACCUCCACCCCCAGUCCAGCCGCCAACCCCUCCUCCACAGCAGGCUCCACCGGCUCAGCUCCACCACCCACACAGACACCCAACAUACUAUCUGGCUUCGGGGACCUGUCCAGCCUGGCCAACCUCGGCAUGGGCUCUGCUAAUUUCAUGGAGCUUCAGCAGCAGAUGCAGAGGCAGCUGAUGUCCAACCCGGAGAUGCUGUCCCAGAUCAUGGAGAACCCGUUGGUGCAGAACAUGAUGUCCAACCCGGACUUGAUGAGGCAGAUGAUUGUGGCCAACCCCCAGAUGCAGCAGCUGAUGGAGCGAAACCCAGAGAUCUCCCACAUGCUCAACAACCCUGAGCUCAUGAGACAGACCAUGGAGCUUGCCAGAAAUCCAGCCAUGAUGCAAGAAAUGAUGCGCAACCAGGACCGGGCUCUUAGUAACCUAGAGAGCAUUCCCGGGGGUUACAAUGCCCUGCGCAGGAUGUACACAGACAUCCAGGAACCGAUGUUCAGCGCCGCCAGAGAACAGUUUGGUAGCAACCCAUUCUCAGCACUGGGGGGAAACUCUGACUCUGGUGCCCAGCCCUCAAGGACAGAGAAUCGAGAGCCUUUACCCAACCCUUGGGGUCCCCCAAGUUCCACCAACCCCUCAGAGAGUGGAGGUGGCACCACAGCAGGCACAGGAACCACAAGUGGAACCAACCCAAGUGUCUCCAACCCUCUGGGCAUCAAUGCUGCCAGUUUGGGCAAUGGCAUGUUCAACAGUCCAGGCAUGCAGAGUCUGAUGCAGCAGAUCUCAGACAACCCCCAGCUAAUGCAGAACAUGCUGUCUGCUCCCUACAUGCGUAGCAUGAUGCAGUCGCUGGCACAGAACCCUGAGCUGGCCUCCCAGGUGUUGAUGAAUAACCCUUUGUUUGCUGGAAACCCACAGUUGCAGGAACAAUUCAGAUCCCAGUUGCCCAUCUUUCUGCAGCAGAUGCAGAACCCAGAGGCCCUGUCAGUCAUGACCAACCCUCGAGCCAUGCAAGCGCUCAUGCAGAUCCAACAGGGCCUUCAGACACUGCAGACAGAAGCACCGGGCCUUAUGCCUAGUUUAGUGUCAGGUGGAAUCCCUGGCAUGCCCACUGGAGGAGGGAGUGUGGCCCCAGAGAACCCAGCUUCCUCACCCAGUGCAGGAACAAACACUGCCCAGCAACAGCUGAUGCAGCAGAUGCUCCAGAUGUUUGCUGGAGGAGGAAGUGCAACGACCCAGACCCCGGAGGUUCGAUUCCAGUCCCAGCUGGACCAGCUGAACGCCAUGGGAUUCAUCAACCGUGAAGCCAACCUGCAAGCCCUCAUUGCCACCGGGGGAGACAUCAACGCUGCUAUCGAGAGACUGUUGGGCUCACAGCCCUCAUAAAGACACACAUACACACAAAUACUGACACACACACACACAAAGACAUGUGCACACAUAAACACACAUUCAUAAAUACACACAGCAUCUAAAGAGAACCAAGAUAAAUUAAAGUGAAGCAUCCCAAAAUCUACAGAAGAAACUUGGCCAAGAUGUGUUAAUAAGACCCUAGUUCUGCCGUCUCCUCUCACAUCAUUCCCCCACCUCAUUCUUAACCUACGCCCCGCCCCACUCCCUUCUCUCUCCUCUCAGCGUCACCCAGAGAUAUUUGUCCAAGGCCGCUCUCGUAGAGCUGAACUGAACACCCUUCAACCUGAGGGGUUUUGUGGUAUAGAGGACUGGGGUGAAAUCCCUCGUCUGAAAAGGGGUCCCCGACCAUUACUUCCCAAUCUUUUCUUCACACAAAGCCGGAGUUGAUCCAGUCAGACGAAGUGACACAGGCAGAAAUGUAUAGAAUAGAGAUGAAUCCUAUUCUAUUGAGAAGAUUGGAUGGUGACAUAUUUUCCCAGUCAUUCAACAUCACUCCCUCCUUCUUUCUCACCUCUCCAGAUUUCACGCAAGCAGCUGAUCUUCCCCAACGACCCUAAAUAUUUAUUGCUUAAGAAAUGACACCCCCACCCCCCUUCUCACACUUCCCUGAAGUUGUAAUUUGUCAUUCCAGAGAAGAACACCCACUCAGCAACGGGUGCUCUGCAUUUUUCUCCCCCUUCUUAAGGCACUGCUACUGUGCCUUCUGUCUUCUUCAGCUCCCAAUGAGAGCAUUCUCAUCAAAUCCCACCCUCCCCUGCUGGGCUAAUUAGACAUCACUGUCGGCGGUCCACAGCGACUUUUCACAGAGGCAUAUCCAGACCUUUCUACUUUCACUGUAAUCAAUUAUCAAGUCUCGGUUCUGAGCCAGAAGACGCAGGCAGACUGAAUAUAAAUCAAACAAACUGGCUUUCUUUUCAUAUAAUCUGAUUCUUUAUCUGUUUUAAUAUUUUUAAGGUCCAGGAGGUACCUUUAGAGAUAAUCAUAAUUUGUCUCUCAUCUUAAAAAAAAUUAAAUUUGGAAAUAAAAUGAGUGGAAUAUAAUGGAAAGGCUUUACAUUUUCCUGCCAUGGUGGCAUCGUAAACAUAUUGUAAGAUGAAAUUCUAGUAAUUUUUUUUUUCUAUUUUGCUUUUAAAAUUCUCAGCAUUGUAGUUGUGGUAACCUUGGCAACUGCUUCUAUAGCUUUGCUUUGUCUGUUGACCUCAGCUGAAAAAAACAAAUAUCCAUCUCCCAAUUCAUCAUGUUGGAACUAACUUUUAAACAGUAAUGUACUAAAACUAAAAAAAAAUAAACUUGGUCAAAAUCAGCCCCCUCGCCCUGUGUCAGUUAAUUAGCAGUGUGUGGGGAAAAAUGUACUUUUUGCCCUGUUGUAUUCUCUCCCAAUUAGUUUAUACCUUUAAAAUGUGACAAAGAAUCAAGUCUGUUGAGCAUUGUUAUUAUAAAAUUCUUUUGAUUUUUUUUUCUUUUUAAUUUUGUUGUUUAUCUACGUAAGGUGGUUGGUUCUUUUGAGAGGGAUCUUGCGAUGGACUCAAACACUUCCAAUCAAACCCAUACUCAAACUUAACCUGGAGGUGGGAGGCUAUAAUUGUGGGGUCUCUUACCUUGAAGAAAAAAAAAUACAUUGUACCUGUGAUAGAUAACGUCUCAUAUUUGACUGUCACACUGUAUGAAACCCUUACUGAAUCUGUUUCUAUUUAAUAUUACGUUACUGUUGGCAUUAAUAAUUCUCCAACAAAAAUAGCUACGAUGGUAUUCACUUGCCAAGUGUACUUUUUUGUUUGUCUACUUCUGUUUUUGGACUUGAUUAAUGAAUUGGGAUUCAAAAUGUCAUUGGUUAGGACCAGAGUUGGGAGUGGGCUUAAAUAAAGGCAACUG